AUGCUCAGCAGUCAAGAAACAUUGAGAUGCGACAAUGACAACUCGUCAAAUGCGUCCAGAAAACAGAAGGACAUUAACGACUCAAGCUGCACAGAUGACGGUGUUCAUACCGACUUCUCUAAGUACGGCCUUGCUCUCAUGAAGGAGGGCCUAGUCUACUGGAAAGAGGGGGGAACACAGCAUCCCCGAGACUGGAACACCAAUCGGAAAUUUUACGACUCGUUCUUGGUGAUUCUUUUCGAAUUUCUGGCAACAGCCUUUAGCAAUACUGGGACCGCUUCAGCAAGUUAUGCUGCAGAAGGAUUGGAAAUCUCGGAGACGGUAGCAAUAUUUUGCUUCACAACCUUAUAUUUGGUGGGCCAGGCUAUAGGAAGUCUGGUACUUCCGCCGUUUACCGAAAGCUUUGGUCGUCGACCUUCAUACAUUAUUGGCUGCGCCUUGUUCUCUGUUUCCAAUAUCGUGGUCGCAGCCCCCAAUCAUGUUGCUGGGGUCGUAGUGGGACGAUUUUUCUCAGGCUUCGCCAGCGCUCUGCCCAGUACAGUGGCGUGUGGGUCACUUGAAGACAUCUGGGAUGCGAGGGCAAGAAUAUGGACAUUGAGUAUAUGGGUCAUCGCUGCUGUUGCAAGCUUAGGGAUAGGGCCAGUCAUGGGGACAUAUCUCGCCACGUCCACACUUGGAUGGCAAUGGACAUAUUGGAUUGCAGCUAUACUGACUGCUGUUACUACACUACUGGCUGUGUUUCUAAAGGAAAGCAGGGCAAGCAAACUACUGGAGACUGCAAUCAAGAAAGUCACUAACGAACACAAAGACAUGCCUAAGGCCGAAUUUCGUCCUCUUGUCGAAGAGACCCCACCCACAUUGAAGACCUUUGUGUCUGAAUGCCUGACACGUCCUGCCCAACUCUUUUUCACGGAGCCCAUCGUCACCUCCGUCUCCCUUGUAUGCUCAAUCGUAUAUGCAACAGUAUAUCUCUUCACAGAAGCCAUCAAUGUGGUUUAUUCUGAUGGCUUUGGGUAUGCUGCAAGACAAAGCAGUCUUAUCAACCUGACCUUCACCAUCGGGUCCAUAUUCUCUCUAUUGCCUCGUUUCUACGACAUCAACAUCUCCAAUAGGCAGAGGAAAAAGAACGCGCCCGCAGUACCCGAAGACAAACUGUUUGGGUUUUAUCUGGCAGCUCCUCUGCUUGCUGUAGCAAGUUGGUACUUUGCUUGGACCAUCCCGUCCGCCGUUGCGACAGUCUCGCCAUUCGUCUCGAUGUCGGCUCUCGUCAUCGUUGGCUUCGCCGCCAGCGAGUUCGACUAUGUAUUGUCAGGCUAUCUCACAGACACAUAUGGCUCAUGGGCGGCAUCGGCGAACGCACCCUUGGCAAUCAUGCGAGCUUUGUUGAGCGGUGCUUUGCCUCUAUUUGGUACUGCCAUGUUUAAGAACGUCGGAAACAAUGGUGCAGCUUCCAUAUUGGCAGGUAUCGCUACUGCUUACUGUAUUGUGGCUUUCGGCUUCUGGAAGUUUGGACGAAGAAUCAGAGAGCAUAGCAAGUUUGCGCUUCACGAUGACAAGGUGGAGACCGAUGAUUCUGCAACAGCCACGCCGCAGACAGUGUAG